AUGCGACAAUCACUGGUUCCUGUUAUUCUUCUCGCAACAGUAGCUCUAUCAUCAAGUAAUGUACUUCCAUUUAUGUCCAUAAAUCGUCUUGAAACAGAACCUUUAGGCUUCAACAGCCCUAACGACAAUAUAUUUAGAGAUAAUAAAAAUAUUUUUAAUGAUUUAUUUUAUAAAAUAUCUAUCGGAACAUCUCUGAAUAAUCCAAUACCAAAAGUGCAAAAACUUCCCAAAAUUAAAUUCGAUGAUUUUGACAAUAAUCGAGGUGAAGCAGAAUUUAAUUCUCUGAGUAAAGAUCAAAGUUACAACGGUGAAGGGUAUCGAAAAAAACAAUGGCAUAAUUAUCCAAGACAAUUAGAUCGUCUCCAUAAUUAUUUUUAUGGACGCCAUAGAGCACACAAGAGAAAUCCCGACCCUGAUGACCCAGAUAAAGGAAGUUAUGAAAUUGUUCCGGAAACUCAUAGAAGUAAUGAUAUAACUACCAACGAAUACAUCGUGUAUAGUGACGACGGUGCACAAAGUAUCUACGACACAGUAAUAGCCAAUACUAACCCCUUUUUAAUUCUAAAAAUUCGCUUAGCAUGUUUGAGUAAUAAAUUAAAAAAUACAGGCGAGACGAAACAGACAGGUUUAGCCUUACCUGACUAUAAUCUCAAUGAGAAUGACGAUAAACUGUUGACAAACGAAAUAAACCCCUCAAUGGAUGCAGUAAAAGUUAAACGUGAAGACAUAAGUGGAUUGCAGGGCAGUAUGGAAGUUGAGCGAAUCGACGGAAAGAGAACAGUAAAGAAGCGACUGUUCUCACUCUGGAGUCGGCUGCAAAGCCUUAACCACAAGGGUCACGAAUUACAGCACCGGCGUCACCUGCAUGCUUUCUACGGCCUCCCAGAAGAUGGCAAUGGGGUCCUGACGGCGGAGACCAGAGCCACACUCAUGCGACCACCCGGAUCACCCCUCAGAUGGGGCUGA